AUGUCACAUAAAAUUGUUAAACGUUGCUCAUGUCAACCAUCAUCAUGCACAUGUUCACCAAUUCAAAUUAUGUUGCAAAUUUGCUCUUGCCCUUGCACAUGUACACCAUCUGUUCAACCAAUAUAUCCUCCUCCUGUAACCUAUACGAUACCAACGACAACGUUACCUCCAUUUACACCACCGCCGCCAAUUAUACCAGCUCAAUCUCCCUACUGCUGUGUUUUAUUCAUUUGCAUCAGUUGCAGCUCUUAUGGUAGCACAUAUAGCCAACCACAACAAUUACCACAAUAUAGGCCACCAUCCUAUUUACCACCUCCUUCCAGUUAUAACUAUCCACAACAACUUCCUUCAACUUAUCGUUAUCAAAUUCCUGCUCAACAAACUCCAUACGCUUAUCCAACAGCAACAUCAACAUGUUCCAUUGGUUUUACUAUAUGCUUUAGUGGAAAAUUUUGCUGCCGAAAUUAA